AGCUCUCAUCUACAAGAUACGAGAAUGAACUCAUUAUUGCUGCUAAGAAAGGAGAACUUGCUCUUGUGAUGUCGGAGUAUGGUUUCAAAAAAGUUCUCUCACUAGAUGAGUAUGCAUCGUAUUUCAAGGACAUUGAUCCUGUAUCUCUGUACAAGAUCUGGACAAAAGAAUAUCAGAAUGACCACUUGAUCGAAUCAGCACCAAGAUACAAUGUUUUAUAUGACAGGGUUAAGGCAGCAUUUGUUGUCAGUGAUCCUGUAGAUUGGGGCCUGGACAUUCAGGUGCUCUGUGAUAUUUUAACAUCUGAAGGGCUUCCUGGAGGAGAUAAUGGGCAUCAGCCUCCUUUAUAUUUUGCCGCAGCUGAUCUUGAAUAUCAGAGUGGGAGUGUUGGAACUCAAGGCCAAAGAUGCAAGCUUUUGGAUGGGAAUUGUUCUAGGAAUAUUGUUGCUUAUGGGUAUUUUAUUUUAAAUGAUUCAAAAGAUUUAGUUAUUGAUGACCCUAUUGGACCAUUUGUCAUGAAGGUUGGUGUUGAUUUUGCAAGAGAGCCUGAUGCAUUUUUGUGGAGGCCAACUUCAGGGAUAACUUGUAUUGAAGAAAGUGUUGGAAGUGUUAUUGCUUGGCCAGCCGACAAAGUCAUAAUGAGCAUGUUGAACGCGACACAACAAAGGGGUUACUAAGGAUAUGAAGGCGUAACCCGAGUUACUAAGGAUAUAAAGACGUAACUCAUAGGGCAGACGCGCUGAGGUUAUUCAAGGACCAGAGUUCCUAUUUACCUCAAGGUGUGACAUGGACAAGAUAGGGGGUCAUGUUCACAAAUAUAUGAUGAUAGUGUUUAUGAUGAUUAUGUUUUGAUGAUGAUGAU